AUGAUCAUCAAUCCCUACCAGGCCAAUGCCGAAACCAUUUCCAAAGGGACUUGGGCCUUUUGUCUGACGUCCAGACAAUACGAUAUCAAGGGGCGACUACACUCGAAAUUGAUCAGAUUCGGGUACAUCCUACCCAACGUGGCCACACACCUUCAGCGGCUCUGCGACCAACCACGCGGGCGGACUGGCCGGCGCCAGCUGCUCAGGUUCGAAAAUAACAACGUCAUCCCCCUGGAUGAAUCUUCUUCAAAGGCUCUCGAGGACACAUUUAAAGAGGUAUGCGCCCGGCUUCAUGCCGACCCUCAAGCCAGAGGGCUCUGGGGUAAAGAUAGUCCCGAGAUUCAAGAAGCAACACCUGUCAUCGGCGCACCCAUUCCGUUCAACAUGAUUUAUGGCGUAGUGCCCCUCUUCGGAAUUGUGACCAGUGGUGCUCACCUCAAUGCGUUCCACGGCGAGGGUGAAAAGAUGAGAAUCUGGCUGGCACAACGGGGGGCUUCCAAGUCCUCUUACCCAAACUGCUUUGAUCAAAUUGUGGCAGGCGGCAACGAUGGUAGGCAGGAUCAGACUCCGCUCGACAUCAUUCUUCGCGAAGCCAAAGAGGAAGUAAAAGACGCCCAACUUCAUGAAACACUCAAGAAAGCCAAAGGACCAGACGCCAUCAUAACUUACCACGUCUUCAAUCCCACUGCUCCAGGAACUGCCGCAACGAUUGCAGCUGGAAAAAUUGAACCUGGAAUACGAUACGUGUUCGACUAUGAAGUGCGUGAUGCCAAUCACGUCUUCAAGAAGAAUGAAGUUGACAUUGCUCACAUUAAGAGUUACACUGUGACACAGGUCAAGGAUAUGCUGAGACAGGGCCGAUUCAAGCCUAACUGUGGGUUUGUUAUGCUCAACUUUCUCAUUAGAAAGGGCAAUAUUAGGGAUGACUACCCAUUGUACCAGGAAACGGGGCGGGGUCUCGAAUUCCCUUACAUCUGGAAAAGAAGGCACAACCUGCAAUGA